AUGACAUCCAAGCAGGCUGCGCCAGUGGAUGAAGACGCCAGCAGUGGGUCCCCGCAGUUUGGGUCGAUGAACGGCGGCACAGGAGCAGCGCUGCGGCAAUCUGCUUUGGCUAGUCCCUCGCUGGAACAGGUGCUGGAGCAGCUUCAGCACGAGCAGAAGCGGGAUGGCCGCCGCGUGCUCGUCGGCUUCAUAGUCAUGACGCUGGCCAUCGGCUUCGUCGUUAUGGUGGUACUGGCACGCAUACUACUGGACGAUGCGCCAGCCGGCCGCAUGCCUCCCGCUCGGAGCGGUCGGUCGGAAGCUAACCACGGCCGACGCGCCGUGAUCGAGAACGACUCGGACUUCGAGACGGUCGGCGAGGCCGACGCGCGCUUUAUCGGAGCCCUGCUUGGUGGGAACCGCACCUAUCUUCGAUGA